CAAAAACCAGUUGAAUUCCGAAAAAGCAAAGUUAGUGCAGUUUCAGAACUGGUCCUAACAAUGAAGUCCAUUGUCUUACUCCUGGUUCUAUACUCAUUUCAAACAAUCUUUGCUCAAACAAAGAUAAAUCCUCAGGAAUUGAAAUGCUUAGUUUGUGAGAAAACAAUUGAGGAAGUUGAGAACAUUGUAAACAAGUUGGAUCCAAGUAUCCAUGUAGAUGCAGGUGGUUACAGAUUGGAUGCCAGUGGUAAUCUUAAUAAGAAAACAGUUCCUCAAACCAGGUCUGAGCUUCAUCUAUCAGAAAUCUUGGACAAGAUAUGUGAAAAGAUGGAUGAUUAUGUGAGGGCAACCUGGAAGACCAGUGGUAAACUCACUUUACUUAAGUUGAUGGAUCCAAGUGGAAACAUGAGCAAAGAUAUGAGUAAAGUGGAUAUCAUACAGGAUUCUGACUUGAAUAAGAGUUUGAAAUAUUAUUGUGAAGGUCUGGUUGAGGAACAUGAAGAUGCCAUAAUUAAGAGUUUUGCUGAAGCUUUGGACAACAUUGAUAUUAGGAUAUGCACAAUGGAAACUAAAUACUGCUCAAAAACAUUGCCAACUGAAGAUUAUAUUAAUGAUGAAUUAUAAACCUUUUGAUUGAUAUGAACAUAAGCAAAUUCAUAACAUUUAUUAUAUUUAUAUAUAAUACUCUACAAACAUUUGUUUUGUAAAUUGUACACAAA